CCGUGCACCAAUUGUUCUCGCUAACUCUCCUUCAUUAUACCGACGCUCUCCUCCUCCCUCCUCAUCAUGUCCAACCCUCUCUAUACCGAUCCACCGACGAAAACAUCGCUCGCGUGCGCCCGCCUCGAACUUGUCGAACACCGUCUCUCCGUACAGGAGCUCUCUCACAAGAUCCAAACCGCGGAGAAUGAACUCGCGCGCAUCGUUGAAGAGUCGCGCAACGCGAUCCGAGAGCUGGAGUGCGAGCGUGCAGCAUUGGAGAAGAAAAUCACUCUCACCCUUGCGUACAUCUCACCGAUCAAACGAUUGCCGCAUGAACUGCUGCGCCAUAUCUUUAUGCUCAACUUCGAUGAGCACCCGUGCUGUGCGUGGGUUCUGUCUGCGGUAUGCUCGCUGUGGCGCAGGAUGGUGCUGUCUAUGCCAGUGAUGUGGUCCAAGAUACGUCUUGUCACCACGCAGACGACAUCAGCCGAUACCAUCCGGCUCUGGCUCGAACGCUCAGGCCGCACUGUUCCUCUAGACAUCGAGAUUGUCCUUCGCACGCAAGCCGUCCCGUCAAGUACUCUCGAGUCCCUUCCACGCAAGCGCGUAUCGCAUCUUGCCUCUCAAACACUUGCAGAAUGGGGAUGGACGCCUCCGCCUACUGGUGCUACUCACGGCGGCGCCGGCGGUGCGAACGCCGCUGCGGCGUACGUGCAGGUGCCGCAGACGCCGGGCAUCCACAUCUUCCCGAUCCAAGGUGCAGGCGGCGGAGCAGGUAUGCUUCUGACGAACGCGCCGGGCAUGGUGAGUGCGACAGCGACACAGGCGCAGGACGAUUUGUGGGGUAUGCCUCCGCUGGUCUCGGCCGCUGCAGUGGAGAGAGCGAAUUUGCAACAGCAGCAGCAACAGCGCUCAUCGAAGAAGAACCAGCAUUGGGGCCAUAUCGUGUUUUUCUAUUUGGUCGAGCAGAUGCAUCGAUGGGAGCGAUUCGUGUUCAGGUUUGAUAAGCAGUUCUCGUCGAUCAAUGCGUUGAAGUCUAUUGAGGGGGAUGCACCGUUGUUGCGAGAAUUCGAGGUGUCGUCUGCAGAGGCGGCGUUUUACGGCGACUGGAAAUGGCUCCCGUCAGCGCCGGCGAACACGACGUUCGACAUGCCGACCUUGACCACCCUCACUCUGCACAACGUGCCGUUCAAGUGGUCGUCGCCUAUGCUUCGCAACCUACGCUCAUUGUCCAUUCGUGCGCUCCCGACGGUGCACCUUGCACUCGAUCGUGUAAUGUUCAUGAUCGCGGCGAGCCCACAGCUCGAAUCGCUCACCUUGCACUUCAACUCGCCGACACCGCCUGUACUGCCCCUAACCGCGACGACGCUUCCCGAGCUCAGGUCCCUGACGCUCAGCGGGAAUUACCUGCUUUCCAGCCUCAUCGACGCACUGAUCCUCCCCACCCUCGACACCCUCAUCCUCGACAUCGACGCGCGCGAGCCAAUCGAGGACACCGUCUCUUCGCUCAUCAUGCGCUGCAACAGCCCGCCGAUCACGCGCCUCUCCAUCGCGUAUGGCCUGAGCGCGUCCCCGCACUCGUUCUACUAUGGCGGCGGCGCGGGCGUCGCGACGUGGCACUUUUUGAACGAGCUCGAUCACUUGCGUACGCUGCAGGUCGGGAGCGCGCCGUUCGAGCCGCUGUUGACGACGCUCGGCGGGCAGGACGAUGAGGGCCAGCCGGGUCACUGGGUGUGCCCGAACUUGACCGCGCUUGCGAUGCGCGCGUGCCAUACGCACUGCGACGGCGUCAUGAAAUUGGUGCAAAUGGUCGAGGCGCGCAAUCCCGAUCUCAACGGCGGGUCUAACGCGAGCUCGAUGGUCGGCCCUGCGCGGCUCAAGCAUCUGGAGUUGUAUGACUGCGUGACACUGGGCCCGGAUGUGCUGAAGUAUUUGAAAACGAGGAUUGACGAUGUGGUGUGUACGGAACCCGUGUUUGAGGGGUGAGCCUGGUUCUCGUGCACGCGUUUGGCAAUAGUAUGCUUAGUGCGGUUUAAUAGCUCGCCAAGGAGUCCUUAUCCCUAUCUAUGAAUGCUGGCUAGUUUCUGUUUUCGGGUUCUGAAUGGUCUGUUGUUUGUGGAUCUUGGGACCCGCCGUACAAAGCUUAUUUCAUGGUAUUGGACUUCGUAUUCUGUGG